ACUUAGUCAAGCUAGACUAUUCAUAGUAAUUAUUGAAUAUUCGAACGGUUACCAGCGGAUAUUAUCGCUUUGUUUUUUUUUUGUGAAUAAGUGAAUUAUUAAUUACAAAAAAUAAAUAAAUUCAAAAUGAAUCCACCAUUUUUAUUUCAAUUGCCACAACAAUUAGCACCUGGAAAUUCAAUAAGAAUUAGAGCAUUUAUUCCACCUAAUGGUGAUAGAGCUACAAUAAAUUUACAAAAAGGAUCAACUGUUAAUCCUGAUUAUGAAGAUGAUGAAAUUCCACUACAUGUUGAUAUUAGACAAGAAGGUGAAAUUGUAAGAAAUGAUUUUUCACGUAAUGAAGGUGGCUGGGGUGAAGAAGAAGUAUCACAAAAUCCAAUACAAUUUGGUACUGAAUUCGAAAUGGAAAUAUAUGUAAGAGAUUCAGCAUUUUCAAUUGCAAUAAAUGGAAAUCAUUAUUGUGAUUUUGAAUUUCGGCAAGCAUUAGAGGAUAUUCAUUUUAUUUAUGUAUUCCGUGAUGCUCAAGUUGUAUAUUGUAUGUUAAAUGGUAAUCCUCUUAGAAAUUAAUAAUGUUAUAAAAUUAAUUAACAUAAUAUAAAAUACAAUUAUAUUGAAUUAAAAUAAUAAGAUCAAAUAUUUUCAAAAUGCAUAAAUAAAAUUAAAUAAUAAUUAUAUUGAGAAAUUAAAUUCACACAAGAAAAUAAAAACAAAAAAAAAUUGUAUUUUGCUAAAGACUUUCAAAUUAAAUGGAACAAAAGCUAUGAACGUACACACAUUUUCAUACAAUAAUAUUAUGUAUGUUUGCGUAAAUUAAAUAAAUAAUAUUUAUAAUGCACUUAAAGUUUUCAUUAAUGUUUUUGUUUUAAAUUUUUUUAUUGUCAAUAGAUUUUUAAUAUAUUUUAAUUGCUUAAUUCGAAUUCAUAUGUGUAUUUUUAAAAUAAAAUUAAAAUCUAUAUAGUUAUUUAAAGUUAAAAAUUUCUAGCUGUUAAAAUGAAAAGCGUUUACUCUACAAAACUGUUUGAAAAAUAGCUAUAAAAUUUAAUUAGAAAUUUGUUAAAAAAGAAAAAAUUGAAAAAUUGUUGUUUUAUAAAUUUUAAUUUAUUGUUUCCGUACAUUAUAAUUUUUGAAUUUUACUUGAAAUAUAUUUAAAAUUAUAACUGUUUCA